AUGCGCAAAAGCGAUUUGGAUCUCAGGCGCGGAAAGAGCUGCUUCUCGUUUGUUGUUGUCUGUUGUCAAGGCGUUAUUGGCAUCUUCAUCGUUGCAAUGGAUAACCCUCCUGAACCCAUGCCUAAGGUCUCGAUCGAUCCUCUUCCUCCAGCAGAGUCACCAUCGCCAUCUUCACCCCCAUCUCCACCCCCUUCUUCACCUCCUCCAGAGCACAUCGUCGUCACCAGUCAUGAAGGCUCCGUUGUGGCUGUUCCAGCAGCAGAACCAACACUUGAGAAGGCUGUGACACCACCAGCUGCCGACCCCAAACCCCCAUCGCCACCUCCAGCACCUCCAGUUGUUGUUGCAGUUUCAGAGACUAUCCCACCACCAGUCUCUUCUGUCGUCUCACCAGCCCCGGUCAUCAUCCAACAAGUGGAGCCCAUCUCUGCUCAGGCUCCAGCACCGGCACCUGUCUCACCCAGCACAGUCGUUGUCGAAAAGGUCAAGGAAGCACCACCUGCUCCAUCACCAACUGCACCUGCACCUGCAGUAGUCGUCGUGGAGUCACCAGCACCUUCAUCACCUAUCGUCACGGCCACUGCAUCCACUGCUCCUGUUGUACCGUUGAUUGUGAAAACCUCGACUGCCGAAGCUACCAUUGGGAGAAGCGACACAGCUGCUCAUGAGCCACAGAAGAAGUCCGACAAAGUCCCCAUUCUCAUCGCAACCAGAUCAGCUCCUGAACUACAACAAGGUUCACACGAAGUACAAGCCAGACCAUCUGUAUUGAGCUUCCGUUCGGCACCUCCUGACACUUUCGUCAGACGCGACACGCAUGUUGUAGUCAUCGAUCCUUCUGUGAACGAGCACCCGAAGAGACACUGGAGAGACAGGGUCAGAAGGUUUUGGGUCUCCAAACUUGGUGGUCGAUUCUUUUUGCGUUUGCUGUUGGGCGAACAAGGAAGCAACGUUGCAACUGCUGUGGUUUCAAGAUAUUGA